GGUUCUGAAAAACUUCUUCAUCACUCUUCUUCUUAUGUUCUCCCCAAAUGCAUUACUCCCUUCAAACACCUUUAACCCUAAGUCAUUCGACUCCCACCUGCUGCCGACCGCCCGUUCUGAAACCGACGCCACCGCUCUUCGUUUGUGUAAUGGUGGGUACCGGAUCCUCAAAAUUGCGUGUCAUCGAGAGUCCCUCCGAAGUUCCAUCUCGUCCGCCGUCUGCCACGAAGGUGAAGGAGAAGCCGUCGUCUGCUGCUCGGCCCGCCGGUACAUCGGCAGUGCCUCCAUCUGGGCUCACGAAGAUUUACGGGCAUUGGGCUUUUCGCCUCAACUCCGAAUAUGAGGAUUUUUUCAGCGUCGUUCUGGCCAAAGUCUUCGGCCGAGCUGCAUUUAUGAGCGCGGAAGGCCAUGCAUGGAAAUGAGGGAAGCGACAGCUGGCGCAGAAGCGACAGCCAUGCGGAAAGCGAGUGUCGGUUGCGCGGAAUCCAUGAGCGCCAGCUACAUUAAUCAUGUGCAGCAAUUACUGCUUGUAUUUACUACACUGCUCUCCCAGCUCAUGCAUUUAUUCUUGCACUCUCCCAGCUCACCCAUUUA